UGAGGUUUUAGUUGGAUCAGUCAACCCCUACAAAAUGGAAAAAAAGUCAAAUUAAAAAAGAAGAAGAAAAGCAUGAAACUAGGAAACUAUUUAUUUCCGCUGUCAGCAAUUGAGUGAACACGCAAGCAGUUGAAGCUUAUUCCCAAAGCGAACUGAUCUUCUUGCAAAUCAUGAUAUUAAUUGAUGGGGUUCCAUUCUCUAAGCAUUCAUCUUCAACAUCUCAGAAAAAGGGCAUGAUCUUGUGAGUUAUUGGCUGCAUAAUGGUAAAUCAGGGGUUUGUCAUGCAACAAUAUAUCUUGUGAGAUAUAGCGGCGCUAUUGCAUCAUAAAAUAGCAGAAUUUGAACAAACUGUUAUUUUCCAUGACCUGCACAAUUUACAAUAUUGUGUCUCUUAUUAUUACUCAUGUUGUGCCAUUGAAGAGCUCCUGCAAAAAUGCACGAUCUUGGAGUGGAUAUUCUACUUGCUUUAUUGGAAAAUCCCAUUCUGGUAUCUGCCUCAAACUCUUUGAAGGCAACCCCAGUGAGGAAAUUCUCAGUUCCUGACGACUCUAGUCCAGAGAGUUCAAAAUGGAUUUAUUUAUUCCAAAGAGAAUAUGCUACUGUUGAUCCAGCAUUUGUCGAUUUUGUUGGCACUGAUGAAGCGACAACAUGCGUAGGAGUUGCUAUUCGGAACCUAGAGAAUGGAAUGAUAUCGGUUGCGCAUAUGGAUUCACCGAAGAUUGUAGAAAUGGGCCUCUCUCAAAUGCUAUCAUUACUCGUUGAUGACAGUUUGGAGACUGAGUUUGAUGUACAUUUAAUUGGUGGUUUUGAAGAAGUUUCACCACAACAUGCGAAUGGUAGCGUUGUGUCGGAAAGUGAUGAAGAUUUGGAUGGUUAUUCCUUUCCUCUGUGCUCAAAGAUUGUUCACACUUUAUGGUCAAGAGAGGAGAAGUUUCAUAUCCGAACUACUUGUGUUCUUGGACAUAAUACCAAAAGGGAUUGUGAUGAAAACACUUAUCCUAUUUUUAAUGGAUUUGUGGUGGAGACUGCAUCCGGAACUGUCAUCCCAGCAUGUUUUGAUAGAAGUUCUAGAUGCCCAGAUGAAAUUGUCAGAAGAAUACGAGUUUCUGUAUCUUAUGAAGAUACUAGUUUGAAUGGAAAGUUGCUAGAGACAUAUGAGACUAACACUGACUGCUUUAAAAUUGCUCCUUGUUGCUGGACACUGAGGCAAUAUCAGAUUGCUUCGGCACUUCAGCAUUAUUCUGAUUCAGAAAUUCUUUCAAUCUGUUCCACCUCACCUACUGCUGAGGGCCCAGAUUUUGUGGACAACUUAAGAAGGCAGUGGAACUACUUGAUUGAGCAUCCACACUGGACAGAAACCUUUCCCAAGAAGCAGCCUCGGGCUUUUUCAAGGAGUGCUGAUCGAAGCUGGAAAAGGUGUUGCUGACAUUUUGUUGUUACUUGGCUGACUUUAUUUAAGGCAUCAUAUUUUGCAGCUACAUUACAUUACUCUAGACAUGAUAUUUAUCUCAAAAGGGGCAUUUGCUCACAUGCUAUUGCUAUCCAGUAGUAUGUAUCAGAUUAAUAUGCUGAAACUACACUUUAGACCAAUUGGAAACCGCAGAGCUUAAAUGAACUAAUGUAAAGUUUGCCUGAACAUUUGAAGUUAUAAUUUGAUGAUAGUAGUUAUGAUAAGAACGCAUUGAAAUA